AUGUCUGGCCCUCCAAAUGAUGAUUCUUUACAGGAUCAUCAGGAACAACAAAGGUAUGAUCAAUAUGGUCAACCUAUUGGUCCUGACACGAGUAUAGACAACCACUAUAUGGAAAACACAUUUGAUGAUUCGAAUAACGACGCUUAUUAUAACGAUAACUUACGUCCUCCGCACAAUAUUCCAAAUGACGAAACUUAUUCUGAUUUUAGUAGUUACAGAGAAUCAAGUCAACCACAAUCGACUCAACCUCCAAAUUAUAACAGUUACACACCAUCGCAAAUGAGUUACGGAGACCAAAGAUCAAACUCUAUGGUUUUUAACCAACCUGAAGGGAUGGCGAAUUUGUUUCCAAGAGAUCCAUAUCCAGCAUGGACUGCUGAUCCUGAACAACCUAUUGGUAUUCAACAAAUUGAAGAUAUUUUCAUUGAUUUGACCGAAAAGUUUGGAUUUCAACGUGAUUCCAUGAGAAAUAUGUUCGAUCAUCUUAUGACGUUACUAGAUUCGAGAGCCUCAAGAAUGGCUCCAUCUCAAGCAUUACUAUCUUUACAUGCGGAUUAUAUUGGUGGUGAUACAUCAAAUUAUAAGAAAUGGUAUUUUGCAGCACAAUUGGAUUUAGAUGAUGAUAUUGGAUUUAGAAAUAUUAGUUUAAAUAAAUUGAACAAAAAAUCAAAACGUGCUAAAAAAUCCAAUAAAAAAAUAUUGAAAUCUACUAGAGAAGCAAUCCUAGAUGGUGAUAAUGGUAUUCAAUACGAUGAACAAGAUAUUGACAACGUUUUGAACUCUUUGCAAGGUGAUAAAUCCUUAGAGGCAGCAGAUUUUAGAUGGAAAGUGAAGAUGAAUAGAUUGACCCCAUCUCAGAGAAUCACUCAUCUAGCUUUAUAUUUAUUGACAUGGGGUGAAGCUAACCAAGUUAGAUUCACAUCUGAAUGUUUAUGUUUCAUCUAUAAAUGUGCCCUUGAUUACUUAGAGUCUCCAAUUUCUGAAAACAAAAGAAUUCCAGAAGGUGAUUACUUGAAUAGAGUCAUUACUCCAUUGUAUCGUUUCUUAAGAAAUCAAGUCUAUGAGAUUGAAAACGGUCGUUAUAUAAAACGUGAAAGAGACCACAACAAAGUUAUAGGUUACGAUGAUGUUAAUCAAUUGUUUUGGUACCCAGAAGGUUUAACCAAGAUCAUUUUGUCCAAUGGGAAUAAACUGUUAGACUUGGCUCCAGAGGAAAGAUAUCUGAAUCUUGGUAACAUCAAUUGGGAUAACGUUUUUUUCAAAACUUACAAAGAGACAAGAACUAUGUUCCACAUGUUAACAAAUUUCAAUCGUAUUUGGAUUCUUCAUACAUCUGUCUAUUGGAUGUACUGUGCUUACAAUGCACCAAUCUUUUACACACACAACUAUCAACAAUUGGUUAAUAACAAACCAUUAGCUUCUUACAAGUGGGCAUCUGCCGCUUUAGGUGGUACUGUGGCUUCCGUUAUUCAAUUGGCUGCAACUAUUGCAGAAUGGUGUUUUGUUCCAAGAAAAUGGGCAGGUGCUCAACAUUUGACAACUAGGUUCGCAUUUAUUUGUGUUAUCUUAGGUAUUAAUAUUGCUCCAAUCGCGUGGGUAUUCGCUUAUGACAGUGACACCGAAAGUAGUAAAAUUGCACAUAUUGUCGCAGCUGUGUUCUUUUUCGUUGCAGUCGCUACUAUUGUAUUCUUUUCCGUUAUGCCACUGGGUGGGUUAUUCACUUCUUAUAUGAAUAGAAGCUCUAGAAGGUACGUUUCUUCACAAACUUUUACAGCAUCAUUUGCUCCUUUACAUGGUUGGGAUAGAUUACUUUCUUACGGUGUUUGGAUUUGUGUGUUCGGUGCUAAAUAUGCAGAAUCAUACUAUUUCUUGAUCCUUUCUCUAACAGAUCCUAUUAGAAUUUUAGCACCAAUGAGUAUGAGAUGUACUGGUGAUUAUUGGAUUAGUAACAGAUUGUGUAAACAUCAGCCACAAAUUACUUUAGGUUUGAUGAUGGCUACUGAUUUUAUCCUGUUUUUCCUAGAUACUUAUCUAUGGUAUAUUAUUAUCAACACCAUUUGUUCCGUUGGGAAAUCUUUUUACAUGGGUAUGUCUGUAUUGACUCCUUGGAGAAAUAUUUUUACUAGACUACCAAAGAGAAUUUACAUAAAAUUAUUGGCCACUGAAGAGAUGUCAAUUAAGUAUAAACCAAAGGUGUUAAUCUCUCAAGUUUGGAAUGCCAUAAUUAUCUCGAUGUACAGAGAACAUCUAUUGGCCAUUGACCAUGUUCAAAAAUUGUUAUAUCAUCAAGUUCCAUCAGAUGUUGCAGGAAAGAGAACUUUAAGAGCUCCAACUUUCUUUAUGUCUCAAGCUAAAGAACAUGCUAAUACUGAAUUUUUCCCACAUGACUCUGAGGCUGAACGUCGUAUUUCCUUUUUCGCACAAUCUUUGAUCUGUCCAAUCCCUUCACCGGUCUCUGUUGAUAACAUGCCAACUUUCACUGUGUUGACUCCUCAUUAUUCUGAAAGAAUUUUGUUGUCACUAAGAGAAAUUAUCCGUGAAGAUGAUCAAUUUUCUAGAGUCACAUUAUUAGAAUACUUGAAACAAUUGCACCCUGUCGAGUGGGAUUGUUUUGUUAAGGAUACUAAGAUUCUGGCAGAUGAAACUGCGGCAUAUGAAGGUGUCACUGAAGAAGCAGCUGAAAAGGAUGAUAACACGAAGGCUAAAAUCGACGAUUUACCAUUUUAUUGUAUUGGUUUCAAAUCAGCUGCACCUGAAUACACUUUACGUACUCGUAUCUGGGCAUCGUUGAGAUCCCAAACUUUGUAUCGUACUGUAUCUGGUUUUAUGAACUACUCAAGAGCUAUUAAACUGUUAUACCGUGUGGAGAAUCCUGAGAUUGUCCAAAUGUUCGGUGGUAACGCUGAAGGUUUAGAGAGAGAGUUAGAGAAAAUGACCAGAAGAAAAUUCAAGUUUUUGGUAUCCAUGCAGAGAUUGGCCAAGUUUAAACCACAUGAAUUAGAAAAUGCUGAAUUUUUAUUAAGAGCUUACCCAGAUUUACAGAUUGCUUAUUUGGAUGAAGAACCACCAUUACACGAAGGCGAUGAACCAAGAAUCUUUUCAGCUUUGAUAGAUGGUCACUGUGAAGUCCUAGAAAAUGGUCGUAGACGUCCAAAGUUUAGAGUUCAAUUAUCUGGUAACCCAAUCUUGGGUGAUGGUAAAUCUGAUAAUCAAAAUCAUGCCCUUAUUUUCUACAGAGGUGAAUAUAUUCAACUGAUCGAUGCUAAUCAAGAUAAUUAUUUAGAAGAAUGUUUAAAGAUUAGAUCCAUUUUAGCUGAAUUCGAAGAAUUAAACGUUGAACAAGUUAACCCUUAUGCUCCACAUAUCAAAUAUGUUGAUCAAACCAAUAACCAUCCUGUGGCAAUCGUUGGUGCCAGAGAAUAUAUUUUCUCUGAAAACUCCGGUGUUUUAGGUGAUGUCGCUGCUGGUAAGGAACAAACAUUUGGUACUUUAUUUGCUCGUACAUUGGCUCAAAUUGGUGGUAAAUUACAUUAUGGUCAUCCGGAUUUUGUUAACGCUACAUUCUUAACAACAAGAGGUGGUGUCUCCAAGGCACAAAAGGGUCUACAUUUGAACGAAGAUAUUUAUUCUGGUAUGAAUGCUUUACUUCGUGGUGGGCGUAUUAAACAUUGUGAAUAUUAUCAAUGUGGUAAAGGUAGAGAUUUAGGUUUUGGUACUAUUUUGAAUUUCACAACAAAGAUUGGUGCUGGUAUGGGUGAACAAAUGCUUUCCCGUGAAUACUACUAUCUAGGUACUCAAUUGCCUAUCGAUCGUUUCUUAUCAUUUUAUUAUGCGCAUCCUGGUUUCCAUUUGAACAAUUUCUUCAUUCAAUUAUCUUUGCAAAUGUUCAUGCUAACACUAGUAAACUUGCACUCUUUAGCACAUGAAUCUAUUAUUUGUUCAUAUGACAGAAAUAAGCCAAUUACUGAUGUUUUAUAUCCAAUUGGUUGUUAUAAUUUAGAGCCUGUUAUUGAUUGGGUUAGACGUUACACUCUAUCCAUCUUCAUUGUUUUCUUUAUUGCAUUUGUUCCGUUAGUUGUUCAAGAAUUGAUUGAACGUGGUGCUUGGAAGGCUACUUUUAGAUUCUGGCGUCAUAUUUUCUCUUUGUCACCUAUGUUUGAAGUUUUUGCAGGACAAAUUUAUUCUGCUUCUCUAAUGAGCGAUUUGACAGUUGGUGGUGCCCGUUAUAUUUCUACUGGUAGAGGUUUCGCUACAUCGCGUAUCCCAUUCUCCAUCUUAUAUUCUAGAUUUGCUGGUUCUGCAAUUUAUAUGGGUGCUAGAUCUAUCUUAAUGUUAUUAUUUGGUACAGUUGCACAUUGGCAAGCUCCAUUACUAUGGUUCUGGGCUUCCUUAGCUUCUUUGAUUUUCUCACCAUUCAUUUUCAAUCCACAUCAAUUAUCCUGGGAUGAUUUCUUCUUAGAUUACAGAGAUUUCGUUAGGUGGAUGUCAAGAGGUAACAGUAAAUACCAUAGAAAUUCAUGGAUUGGUUAUGUUAGAAUGUCGAGAUCUCGUGUAACUGGUUUCAAACGUAAAUUAAUUGGUGAUGAGUCUGAGAAGGCUAUCGGUGAUGCAAGCAGAGCCCAUAGAGUAAACUUGAUUCUUACCGAGAUUAUCCCAUUAAUUAUUUAUUCUGCUGGUUGUUUCAUUUCUUUUACUUUUAUUAAUGCUCAAACAGGUGCAAAGACUACUGAUGAUGAUAAGGUUAACUCUAUUUUAAGAAUUAUUAUCUGUACAUUAGGUCCAAUUGCUUUGAAUAUGGCUACAUUAGCCUUCUGCAUGUCAAUUUCAUGUUGUUCAAGUGCAAUGUUUGGUUCAUGUUGUAAAAACCCAAGUUCUGGUGUUGCUGCGUUUGCCCAUGGUGUUGCUGUAGUUGGUCACGUUGGUUCAUUCAUUGUGAUGUGGAUUCUAGAGGGUUUCAGUUUUGUCAAGAUGAUUAUUGGUGUUGUAACUUGUAUACAAUUACAAAGAUUAAUUUUCCAAUGUAUGACUGUCUUCCUAUUAUCUCGUGAAUAUAAGAAUGAUCAUUCAAACACAGCAUUCUGGAAUGGUCAAUGGAGUACUACAGGUUCUGCAUUUACACAAGCAUGUCGUGAAUACACUGCUAAGAUCAUUGAAAUGUCUGAAUUUGCUGCUGAUUUUGUAUUAGGUCAUGUUAUUUUAAUAUGUCAUGCACCAUUAUUGGUUAUACCAGGCAUUGAUACAUUACAUUCUAUUAUGUUGUUCUGGUUGAAACCAUCUCGUCAAAUCCGUCCACCAAUUUUUUCAUUGAAACAAACACGUUUACGUAAACGUAUGGUUAGAAAAUACAUGGCCCUUUACGUUUUAAUUCUGGUAUUAUUUGCCGGUUGUAUUAUUGGUCCAGCUGUUGCUGCAUCUCAUGUUCCUGCAAGAUUGGCUCCAAAUUUGACCGGUGCGGGUCGUAACUUAUUCCAACCAAGAGGUGUUGAUCAAAACGAUACAGGUGUGGGUAUGUCUACAUAUAGUGGACAUUAUUUUACUCAAACACCAAGUAUGGUAACUUGGAACACUAUCAAUUAG